AUGCAAAGGACGCUUUUUUACCGGUGUCUGCGUAGGCAGUCGUCCAAUCAAAUUGAGACUGACGCAGCAGUUCCUCUUCCGCUUCCAUUCCAUGUUUCUGUUAUUUGUAUGAUCUGCAAGUCGUCUGCCAUUUUGUUUUGUCUGCGGUCAUUUAAGGAGGUAAGUGAAGCGCGUUUUCAAAUGCUACAACGGUAAAAUUAAUGGCCUGGAAUAUUAGUUUACAGUCUGGCUAUGGAAAAGAGCACUGUUUAAUAAUUCGAUCAUUUGACUCAAGCAGAGGCUAGUUGCAAAGUUCGUUCGUUAAUCGGUUCUGGUAUUCUUGUGCCCAUGUGUUUUUGAAGUCAUGCUAUUCAUUGAAAUCCGAAUCAUAGCUAACUGAAAGGAAUCCGAUAGGCUUAAAAUAGCCUAUCUGGAAAUAUCUCCUUUUCGAUAUUAUUCAGGGUUUAAUAAAUCGCCAUUCUCGAGAAACAACAAUGGGAUUUCAAAAGUUAUUUUAAAAUAGGCUUCUUGGUAUGAACAUUAAAAGCUGCGUUAAAGAUUUAGUUUUACCGUUUAUGAUCCUAAAACUCCAAAGGGAGGUGGUGGUUUUUUUUUUUUUUUUUUUAUCAACUCGCCGGCUCAGAGCGCGCUCCAUCCCUGAAAGAGAGCGCGGAAGACUCGCGUCGUGAGAUUGGCCCGGCUCUGGAUUCCAUGUGAGUAAAAUGUUUAUUUUUCAGGUUUUACCGAAAAUCGUGGAGCACGAUACAAUAGGGUAAUUUACACCGGAAAAGCAACCUACCCUUCAAAGGGUUAGAGCAGGGGUAGUCUACCUACCGCCCACUAAUGCAUCUUUCUUGAUAGAAAAAUGUCUUUACCGCCCACCAGUUUUCACGCAAGUGCAGAAUAUUUUUUAGAACGGAGGGUGUUUUUAAAAAUAAAAUGUACGUACAUUUAUCUUUAUAUUUCUACUUUAUCCAUGUUUAUAAUGUUUUUAACUUUAUAAAGUUUAAUGAGAAAACCAUAAAGUAAACUGAAAUUACCUUUACUAGUGAUUAAUGAGGUCCUUGAGGUUGAUGCUGCGAGACUAAAUAUUAUCUGGAUCGAUUUUCGUGAGGUGGGUAGGGGGGCUAUAUAUAACAGGGCACCCUUAGAUUUACAGGUGCCUGGAGUGUCCCUUUAAAGGGAUGCUAUAGUCACCCCUACCAGUUCAGCUUAAAGGGACACUCCAGGCACCCAGACCACUUCUGCCCACUGGAGUGGUCUGGGUGCCAACUCCCACUACCCUUAACCUUGCAACUGUAAUUAUUGCAUAAACUGCAAUAAUUAGCUUGCAGGGUUAAGACCUCUCCUAGUGGCUGUCUACUAGUGGGCACUUCCCCGUCCAUAGCACAGGUUUUCUGUGCUAUAUCGUUGCUGGAUGUCCUCACACAGUGCUUUCCUAUGGAGAGGUCUAAUGCGCAUUAGGUCUCCCCGACGGGUGGGAUCCGUAUCCCCCGCCGGCUGACGUAAUGAAGGGGAGCGGCGGUGGAGGAAGAAGCAGCGACGUGGGACAUAUCGCUGCCUCUGGUUAGUGACUGAAGGGGUUUUCACCCGUUGAGCAACCAGGGGUGGGAGGGAGAGGGGACCACUGAAUCAAUGCAUCUCUGAAGAAAAUUCAGUGUCAACAUCCAGAGGGUGGAGACACUGAAUGGCAGUGCUGCACACUGUGGAAGCACCUCCUCCAGCUCCUAGUUUAAAUCUCGUGAGACCCGCGGCCGUCAGGCACUAAGGGCCGCGAGAUUUACACUGGGAGCUGGAGGAGCUGCAGGGGAGGUAAGUAAACGCUACCUGCCCCCCCACCAGCUCAGCCAAUGCCACUGGACCACCAGGGACUGUCAUAUCCUCCCUCCCUGACCAGGUAACAAGCAGGGAGGGGGGACAACAAUAAUAAAAUAUAACUAUUAAAAAUAAGCAUAAAAUAAACAAAUAUAAAAAAUUUAAAUAAACAUAAAUAUUUAAAAAAAAAAAAACAUUAAAGAUUAAAAUAAAAAAAUGCCCCCACCCCCAUUUUACACAAAUCACAUCCCUUCAGGAAAACACACACACUGCAUUAUAUACAUACACACUCUGUAUAUAACGCAGAGUGUGUAUAUAGUGUAGUGUGUCUAUAUAAUUUAGUGUGUGUGUAUAUAUAAUGUAGUGUGUUAAUGCACACACUGCAUUAUAUACACACAAACACUGCAUUAUAUACACACACUCUGUAUAUAACGCAGUGUGUAUAUAGUGUAGUGUCUAUAAUUUAGUGUUUAAUGCACACACUGCAUCAUAUAUACACACACUACAAACACUGCAUCAUAUAUACACACACUACACACUGUAGGCAUUAUAUACACACACUAUACAAACACACUGCAUUCACUAUACACACUGCGUUCGCUAUACACACUAAACACUGCAUUCACUUUAUACACCACACACUACACAAACACACACUCUGCAUUCAUUAUAUACACACUACACAAACACACACUCUGCAUUCAUUAUAUAUACACUACACAAAUAUACACAGCUCCACUGUCUAAACACACUGCAUCCAGUGCAUGUGGCUUUUAUAUUUUGUGCAUUUAACUUUUAGAAAUAGUUUAUUUUUUCAAAAUGGUAAAUGUACAGGUUAUCGGCUAUAGGCCUGAAAGUUAACAGAUUAUCGGUAUCGGCUCUAAAAAAAUCAAUAUCGGUCGAUCCCUAGAAAAAGCAAAACAAACUCCUGUUUUAAAUAAGGACAGGAUUGUUCACUAAAGUGAGACUUUAAAGGACCACUCUAGGCACCCAGACCACUUCAGCUUAAUGAAGUGGUCUGGGUGCCUGGUCCAGCUAGGGUUAACCCAUUUUUUAAUAAACAUAGCAGUUUCAGAGAAACUGCUAUGUUUAUUAAUGGGUUAAGCUUUCCCCUUAAUCCUCUAGUGGCUGUCUCAUUGACAGCCACUAGUGGCGCUUGCGUGCUUCUCACUGUGAUUUUCACAGUGAGAGCACGCCAGCGUCCAUAGGAAAGCAUUGUAAAUGCUUUCCUAUGAGACCGCUGAAUGCAGACGCAUUCACCGGGCGAACGGAGGAGGAGAGGAGGCAGAGAGCUCUCCGCCCAGCGCUGGAAAAAGGUAAGUUUAAACCCCUUUCCAGAGCCGGGCGGGAGGGGGACCCUGAGGGUGGGGGCACCCUCAGGGCACUAUAGUGCCAGGAAAACGAGUGGUUUUCCUGGCACUAUAGUGGUCCUUUAAUGAAGUGGUCUGGGUGCCAGGUCCAGCUAGGGUUAACCCAUUUUUUCAUAAACAUAGCAGUUUCAGAGAAACUGUUUAUGAAUGGGUUAAGCCUUCCCCUAUUUCCUCUAGUGGCUGUCUCAUUGACAGCCACUAGAGGCGCUUGCAUGUUUCUCACUGUGAUUUUCCACAGUGAGAGCACGCCAGCGUCCGUAGGAAAGCAUUAUGAAUGCUUUCCUAUGUGACUGGCUGAAUGCGCUCAGCUUUUGCCGCGCGUGCGCAUUCAGCCGACGGGGAGGAGAGUGUGGGGGCACCCUCAGGGCUCUAUAGUGCCAGGAAAACGAGUAUGUUUUCCUGGCACUAUAGUGGUCCUUUAAAGUGAAUUUCUAAUUUAAAGCCUAAAUAGCUGAAUUGGAAAAGUCGGCUAUGAUUUCAAACUGUAUCUCUGGCCUUGACUUUGAAAUUCACACUUUAGUAAAUAACCUUGUGAAUAUCCACUGAUGCUGAAUUUCAAUUCACCAACGGGGUAAGUGGAAGGUUUGAGCCCUGUUGCAUGUAUUGGCAUUGACGUAUUAUUCCUUCUUUUUUUUUUUUUUUUUUUUUAAUAGGAGUAAAGGCAUUUUCCCCAUGUAAAAACAAAACUAUGCUUUUAAUAACUUUGUUUACCUUUUGUGCCUUUUUAAGAUAUGAAAAUUAUAAAGAACUAUGUUUAAACUGCAUUUUUUUUAUUUUAUUUUUUUUUAGAAUUUGUAA